GCUCUGCUGAUCCAAUAUGCAGUACGGGAUGGACUCAGUAUGGACUCAGCUGUUACUACUUGUCUUCAGACUCAAAACCAUGGAAUGCCUCCAAGAAAGAGUGUGAGGACAGGAAGGCCCACCUGGUGGUCAUUAAUGACGAGGGGGAGAUGAAUUUUCUGCGCGGGAUUUCAGAAGUCAAUGGCGUGUGGAUCGGCCUAACGGAUGCGGAUGGAACCUGGAGAUGGGUGGACGGAACAUCUUAUGACAAGACUCCAAAGUAAGACACUGAGACCUCGAAUAUCA